AUGACUGUUGCUGAGCUGCCCGGUCCUUUGACGAAGGGCAAGCGAUGGGCGAAGAAUGCGGCGGAAAGGGAACAGCAAAUACAAAGUGAAGCCAUUGCUAUCCAGGUGCUGCUUCCCGAUGUGUCCGAGGAAGACAUUCGAUGCCGCCUGAAAGCGAACGGAGGCAAAGGAGAUAUUGUUCUGCAGGAGCUGCUGGAUGCACAGGAGGCAAGCUUUCUGGGAGGGUUGCUGGACGACGAGAGCAAUCCUCCAACCACAGGGGAAGCCGCACCCCUUCAGGGAGCACAUCAGCCGCAAGCUUGCAACCCAACUUCUCCGACAGAGUCGAUGAAAGAGGCAAACUCGGCGCCGCCAAGUGCGCAGCGCCUCGCUGCGGACCAGAUUCCAGUGAUUCCAGUCGAGGAUGCAGAGACUGAGGCGGAGCAUGCAGAGCCACAGACUACUGUGAUCAAAGCUCCACAAGUCCCGAGUGUCCCGACCUGGCUGCCCAUGCUCCAACCCUCAACUCCUGUUGAGCAAUCUUCCAAGCGGAAGAUCCAGUACGAUCGGCAGACGGAGAGGCUGAAGGCUGCCCUGGGCCCAGCGCCGAAGGCGGUCAGCAUCCCUUCGGCACACGACCUCGAUGCAAAGCGCGCGAGGGAGGAGGCUGAGGUUCAAGGCCCCGCCAAGGGGGAGGCUGCCGAUCGAAGCCCAAGUGACGUCAGAUACAUGUGCGAGCGGCCACAACAAGUGUCCAAGAUAUUCCAGGACUACUCAGAAGUCUUGCAAAGCAAAGAAGAACCUCCACAGAAAGAAGCUCCGAGCCUUCAGGAGGCUUCAUCUCGCAUUGACGAGCAGGUGUCUAACCUUGAAGCCAAGAUCAAGAAGACCGAUGAGGAGAUCAAGACCUUCGUUGCUCAGGGGAGCUCCAACCCAACGGCCAAGUCCAAGGCACUGCAGGCCAUGAAGAAAAAGAAGAUGUACGAGCAGCAGAGAGAUCAGCUGCUCAGUACGCAGUUUAACGUUGAGAACCUGGCAUUCCAGCAGGAGCAGGCAGAGAUCACGGCCAUGGCGGUGCAAGCUAUGCAGACAGGUCACACGCAACUGAAGGAUCAAACCAAGCAGAUGGACAUCGCAGCGGUCGACAAGCUCACAGAUGACAUGGCAGAUUUGCAGGAUGAGAUGAAAGCCAUCAACGAGGCCCUGGCCCAAGGAUCUAUGGUGCCUGACGGGGCAACCGACGAUGAGCUGGCCAACGAGUUUGCCAAGCUCGAGGAGGAGAUGGCUGCGAUGGCACUCGCCGGAGGGGCUCUCCCGGACUCGGGAGUCCCUGCCAAGGCGGAGGGUGCGGCGGAAGUGGCUCCGGCGCCCAGGGAGGCGGAGGCAGCUGCGGUGCCGAGUGCGCCGCCUUGA